CAGGAAGUGGGCCGGCUCCGGGGUUUAGUCUCUGCCGGCCCCAGCGCUACCUGGGCCAGAGCGGAGCAGGGCCCUGGGGAGAUGGCCGUGGUCCCAGCAGCGGGCAGGACUGGAGAGAGCGCGCUGCCGCAGCCCCAUGUCUCAGCCAGGGCUCCCCUCCCCUGCUCCACCCUGUGGAUGUGAUGGCGGCCCAUGCCCUGUCCUGGUGUCUGUCCCUCCUGGUCCUCCUGCCCCUGGCUGCCUGCCGGCCGUCUGCAGCAGUGAACGACACCGCCUGGCUCACGUGCUUCUACAACUCGAAAGCCAACAUCUCCUGUGUCUGGAGCCGGGGCGGGGGUCUGCGGGGCACCUGCCACAUCCAUGCCCAGUCCAACAAACGGUCGUGGAACAAAACCUGUGAGCUGGUCCCCGUGAGGCCGACAUCCUGGGCCUGUAACCUGAUCCUCGGAGCCCCAGAUUCUCAGUCGCUGACCGCAGCUGACACCGUCAACAUGAGCGUGAUGUGCCAGGAAGGGAAGCGGUGGAGCAUGGUGAUGAGCCAGGCCUUCAAGCCCUUUGAGAACCUCCGCCUGAUGGCCCCGGUCUCCCUUCAAGUCAGCCACAUAGAGACCCGCAGAUGCAACGUCACCUGGGCCGUCUCCCACUCCUCCCACUACAUUGAAAGCUACUUGGAGUUUGAGGCCCGGACACGGUCCUCAGGCCAGAGCUGGGAGGAGGCACCCCUGCUGACCAUCAAGCAGAAGCAGCAAUGGAUCUGUCUGGAGACCCUCACCCCAGACACCCACUAUGAGCUUCAGGUGCGGGUCAAGCCCCAGCAAGGUGACCACACGGUGUGGAGCCCCUGGAGCCAGCCCCUGGCCUUUAGGACGAAGCCCGAAGCAGCCCCCAGGAAGGAGACUCCGCCCCUCCCUUGGUUCGGCCACGUCAUGGGCUUUAUAGGUGCCUUGGGCUUCAUCAUCUUAGUCUACUCGCUGAUCCACUGCCGCUCCAUCGGGCCGUGGCUGAAGAAGGUUCUGAAGUGUCACAUCCCAGACCCCUCCGAGUUCUUCUCCCAGCUGAGCUCAGAGCACGGAGGCGAUCUCCAGAAGUGGCUCUCGUCGCCCUUCCCCUCGUCCUCCUUCAGCCCUGGGGGCCCCGCGCCUGAGAUCUCCCCGCUGGAGGUGCUGGAGCGGGACGCCAAGGCCGAGCAGCUGCUGCUGCUGCAGCAGGACAAGCUGGCCUCGCCCCCGCCCUCCGCCGGCGGCCACUCGCAGACCAGCUGCUUCACCAACCAGGGCUACUUCUUCUUCCACCUCCCGGACGCCCUGGAGAUCGAGGCCUGCCAGGUGUACUUCACCUACGACCCCUGCACAGAGGAGGAGCCUGAGGAGGGCGCGGGCGGGCCUGGGGUGCCCGCGUGGCCGCCCCUCCCGCCCCUGCAGCCUGUGUCGGGGGAGGACGAUGCCUACUGCACCUUCCCCCCCGGGGAGGACCUGCUGCUCUUCUCCCCCAGUCUCCCUGGCCCCAGCCCCCCAAGUACUGCCCCUGGGGGCAGUGGGGGUGGUGAAGAGAGGCUGCCCCCCUCCCCGCAGGAGGGGGUCCCCGGACACUGGGCCCCUCAGCCCCCCAGGCCUCCCACCCCAAGAGCCCCCGACCUGGCGGAUUUCCAGUCCUCCCCAGAGCUGGUGCUGGGAGAAGCUGGGGAGGAGGUCCCUGUCCCCGAUCCUGGGCAGGGGGCCGGUUUCCCCUGGGCCUGCCCUCCUGGACAGGGCCAGGACAGAGCUCCUUCCUCCCACCUGACUCCAAUCACUGAUGUCUACCUGUCCCUCCAAGAACUCCAGGAUCAGGACCCGGCUCACUCGGUGUAGACAGAUGCCCAGGGGUGGGAGGCAGGUGGCUGCCUGCUGUUGCACCAGCCCUAAAGGGGGCCCAGUUGCCUCCUGGACGUCUCCACCCAGAUGGCCCCCAGCCCCGCACACUCGGCCCAUCCACCUCCAAACCUCAGUUGCUGCUCCCUGGUCCCGCUGCCCAAGCCAGGAACUUCGGGGUGGUGGGGGCAGUUGACUCCCCACCUCCCUGUUUAAUCACGGAGCCCCACGAUCUUUGUCUCUGGAGCAUCACUCUGUGCAGCCUGCAGCUACUUGCUGACAUGAGUCCUUGUGGCUCUCCAGGGUCUUCGCCUCCACCUCUUCCCUGGGUUUCCUGGCCUGGCCUCACCCUCUCCCAACCACCCUGCACAGGGCAGCUAGAGCGUGCUGUCCACGACGCAAACAUGGCCAUGCUCUCCCCCAGUGGAAAACCCUGCCGUGGCUCCCCUCUGCCCUCAGCACCACUUCUUGGUCUGGCACUUGCCCCUCCAGCACCGUCGGGACAUUCCCUCCGGAACCCUCACAACAGUCCUCCUGAGCCACCUGGAGCUGCCUCACGCUCCCCCGCCUUUGCACCUGUUGUUCCCUAUGCCUGGUGUGCCCUCGAUUUCGUCUAGGACAAGCUCCCUUAUCCUUCAAGCGUCGGGUCUGCUUCCCCUGGAGGGAAGCGCUGCCUCCCGUGAUGUGCCAAAACGACCAGCAUCCGUGCUGGAAGGAGAACCUCUCAGGGUCCCAGGAAGGCUGGAGAAAGAGGAUCUGUCACUUCUCCCUUGGGAUCUCUUAGACCCAGAAUGCUUGGCUGCUGCAUCCUUGAUGUUAUCGCCUAAGUACGGAUGCAAAUCCCCUCGUCAAGCGGAUACCUGCUGGAUCUUUCUGCAAUGCCUUCACACACGCAUGAGGGAAGCGGCUGGAAAGCAAACCCUGGGGUCUGAGCAGCCCAGGCAGCAGCCCCUUCUAGUGGCAGGUCCCGAUGCCACCAAGGCGAGCCCACGCCGGGCCCCUCCCGCUCCAUCCUCCCCCAGAGGGGCCUCCUCUGCUGGCGCACCGGCCUCCAGAAGGGCGGCUGCACAGGGCAGGGCCCCAGUGCGUUCCUCGGAGGACUUAAUGGACCCUCUGGCCCCACCCUGCUGGGCUGUCUGCACCGGGCUCCUUCACGCAGAGGUGCAGGGCCCUGCAUGAGGGUUCCGCCACCACCCCUCCACUGCUCUUCCCUCUGCCCCAGCACUGAUUACGGCGGGAUGGCUGUCACAACCUGCCGCCCCAGAAAGGUGCGGACUCAGGCCCAGCUAGCUCUGACUCAGGAGUGCUCGGUGCCUGCAUUUACAGGCCCUGCGCCCAGCUAAUUGGGCACCCGACCACAAGCCCGCCCAUAGGCGGGCAGCAGCCUAUGAAGUGGCUUGGCACGAAGCUCUGUCCAAUCAGGGAGGCCAGACCUGAGCUAGCCAAUCAGAUCACCUCUCAGUCUUGGGCAUUUGGACUCAGGGAGGCCCCUGGGAACAGGUGCUCGUGACCAAGGACCCCAGGAAAUCGUAGGCAGGAGCUGAGCCACGUGAGCAGGGGACCCUGGACUCCCCCAGUAGAGAGAAGCUCCCUCCUACGGCUGAGGCGCCACUGGUCAUUUGGUCAGGAUUCCUGUUUCCCCGAUGCCCCAAAUAAACGCCGCUUUCUACAAGUUGCCUGAGUCUCGGGUCCUUACCUUGGAAAGGGCUUAAUUACCCGGCACCACCUGCCAUAAGAUGCCGCGUCUUCCAGGCCGCAGGGCUCCGCGGUCCCAGCCUGCCAGUCAGACCCGCGCCGCGUGCGCACGCCUUUGCUGUGCGUUCUGGGGCAAACUACCAAACACCUCUGCAAGUCAGUGUCCCCAUCCCAAAAUACUACCUGCCUGCUUCACUCUGAAGAGUGCUCGGAGGGUUACGUUUCUCAGGUCUUGGUCAUUUAUGAGACAUAUACAUAUAUAUAUAUCUUUUAAUGAGCUGGGUGU